AUGGCCAAGAAGAAGAGCAAGAAGGGUUCUACGGCUACGCCCAAGCCUGCGGCGCCUCAAGCUGGCUUGCCAGGCUCCAAUGGAAUCGUGCACGAGCAGCCCAGGCCCGCUCGCGCGCAGAAGCCGACUGUGAACGGGACAAGUUCGCCUGGACCCUCUCCUCCCGGGUCCUUGCCUCCCUCGACACACGCUCAACACCCUCUCACACUUCCAGCAACCCCUCCUCCCGCCGAGCGCACUCCACAAGACACGGUCCGCGAGGCCUGCGACCUGCUCGAAGUCGGUCUCUCCGGCGAAGCCUACUCGCUCCUCCUCUCGUCCUCGUCGUCUUCGCUCCCCGCCCCGCACCCCUCCAAAGCAGCCGAGAUCGAGCGCUUGGCGGGACACGUCUCGUCUAUCAAGCUCGCGCUGCGGGAGAAGCAGUUCGACCGCGCUUUGAAAGAGUGGAACGAGGCCAAGCUCCUUUGGUCAAAGGAAAGUGGGAGGGGAGGUGGAAAGCACAGGGGCGGGCCGUGGGCUGCCAAGGUGUGGAAGUUUGAGGCGCUCGAGGGCGCGAGGAAGUGGGGCGAACUCGAGAAGUUUGCGAGCGACACGCUCGGCACCAAGCCGCAAGACCGCCAGCUCGUCUUCUACUACAAGACGCAGGCGCUGUACCAAGUCGGCAAGUUCGCGGACGCUACGACCGCCAUUUCGAGCGCGCAGGAAGCGGUCGCGGGACCUAUGAUUGAGAAGGUCAAGAUCCUCGCCGACCGCAUCCGCCGGGUCCGCACGCUCAAAGACGAAGGCAAGGAAGCUUUCGACGCUGGUAAGUACAAGGUGGCGAUCGGCAAGUACACCGACGCGCUCAAGGUCGAUACGGGCAACAAGGCGGUCCAGGCGCUGUUGUACCUCAACCGCGGGUUGGCGCUUUACAAGAACGACGGCGCCCUCCAAGCUAUCGAAGGCUUGACCGCUUCCAUCUCCCGCGCUCCUACUUGCAAAGCCUACCGCCUCCGCUCCCUCGCCUACCGCAAGCUCGACGACCUCGCGAACGCCCUCAACGAUUUGAUCAAAGCCGCUUCGCUCGCUCCUCCCGACAGCGCUGAGAAGAGGCAGAUCGAGAAGGAGAGGGAUGAGGUGAGGAGUGAGAAGUUGAAGGGGGAUGCGGAGGAGAGGAGGGAGGAAGAGGAGAGGAGGUGGAAGGAGAAACAGGCGAAGAGGAAGGACCACUAUGGCAUCCUCGGCAUCGACCGCGGCGCGACGACGACCGAGAUCCGUGCCGCGUACAAGAAGCUCUCGCUCGAGACGCACCCGGACAAGGGCGGCGAUGAGGAGCGCUUCAAGGAGGUCAAGGCGAGCUACGAGUUCCUCUCGGACGAGCGGCGCCGCGCGCGCUACGAUAUGGGCGACAGCGACGCCGAAGGACCCGACUUUGACGACAUGUUUGGCGGUGGCGGCGUCCCCUUCGCCUUCUUCUUCAGCGACUUCUUCCACACGUGUUCGCAUGGCGGUGGAGGCGGCCGCGGAGGUGGCCGUGGGCGUGGGAGGUAA